UCCGCGCGUCCCGCGCCCGGCUCCAAACUGGCGGCCGCCCCCGGGCCCCCCGCCGCCGCGGCCGCCGCCAUGGGCGAGGAGGAUUAUUACCUGGAGCUGUGCGAGCGGCCGGUGCAGUUCGAGAAGGCCAACCCCGUCAACUGCGUCUUCUUCGAUGAGGCCAACAAGCAGGUGUUUGCUGUGCGAUCUGGUGGUGCCACCGGGGUGGUGGUUAAAGGCCCGGAUGAUAGGAACCCUAUCUCCUUUAGAAUGGAUGACAAAGGAGAAGUGAAAUGCAUUAAGUUCUCUUUGGAAAAUAAGAUACUGGCUGUGCAGAGGACCUCAAAGACUGUGGAUUUCUGUAAUUUCAUCCCAGAUAAUUCUCAGCUGGAAUACACACAGGAGUGCAAGACCAAGAAUGCUAAUAUCCUCGGGUUUUGCUGGACCAGUUCCACUGAAAUUGUCUUCAUAACAGACCAGGGAAUUGAAUUCUACCAGGUGCUCCCGGAGAAGCGCAGCCUGAAGAUGUUGAAGAGUCACAACAUCAACGUGAACUGGUACCUGUACUGUCCCGAGAGCGCCGUGAUCUUGCUCUCUACCACCGUGCUGGGCAACGUCCUGCAGCCUUUCCAUUUCAGGGCUGGCACCAUGUCGAAGCUGCCCAAGUUUGAGAUCGAGUUACCAGCCGCCCCAAAGUCCACCAAGGUCAGCCUGUCUGAGCGGGACAUCGCCAUGGCCACCAUAUACGGCCAGCUCUACAUUCUGUUCCUGAGGCAUCAUUCGCGAACGUGCAACAGCGCAGGCGCCGAGGUGGUCCUGUAUCUCCUCCCGCGAGAAGGAUCCUGUAAAAAGAUGCACAUCUUAAAGUUAAACAGGACGGGGAAGUUUGCCCUGAACGUGGUGGACAACUUGGUGGUCGUUCAUCAUCAGGACACGGAGACGUCGGUAAUAUUUGACAUCAAGCUGCGGGGGGAGUUUGACGGCUCGGUGACCUUCCACCACCCAGUGCUGCCUGCGCGGUCGAUCCAGCCCUACCAGAUCCCCCUGCCAGGUCCUGCUGCCAUGACCAGCCAGUCUCCGGUUCCCUGUAAACUUUAUUCUUCCUCCUGGAUUGUCUUCCAGCCCGACAUCAUCAUUAGCGCAAGCCAAGGCUACCUGUGGAACCUCCAGGUGAAGCUGCAGCCCAUCGUGAACCUGCUGCCAGACAAGGGAAGGCUCAUGGACUUCCUGCUGCAGAGGAAGGAGUGCAAGGCUGUCAUCCUGUCCGUCUGCUCGCAGAUGCUGGGCCAGUCAGACAGAGCCUCGCUGCCCGUGAUAGCCACUGUCUUCGAUAAACUCAACCACGAGUACAAGAAGUACCUGGAUACUGAGCAGUGUCACACGAUGGCUGUGGAAGCAGGGCAGAGUCGCAACCCACUUUUCAAGAGGUCCGUGCAGACUCAGGCCGUGGUGGACCAGUCGGACGUGUACACUCAUGUGCUGUCACCGUUCACCGAAAACAAGGAGAUGCCACACAAGUUUGUGAUCGCCGUGCUGAUGGAGUAUAUCCGCUCCCUGAACCAGUUUCAGAUACCAGUGCAGCACUACUUGCACGAGCUGGUCAUCAAGACGCUGGUCCAGCACAACCUCUUCUACAUGCUGCACCAGUUCCUGCAGUACCACGUGCUCAGCGACUCUAAGCCCCUGGCUUGUCUGCUCUUGUCCCUAGAAAGCUUCUAUCCACCUGCGCACCAGCUCUCACUGGACAUGCUGAAGCGACUCUCCACAGCCAACGAUGAGAUAGUGGAAGUGCUUCUCUCCAAACACCAAGUGUUAGCGGCCUUGAGGUUUAUCCGGGGCAUCGGUGGCCAUGACAACAUUUCUGCACGGAAGUUUUUAGACGCUGCGAAGCAGACAGAGGACAACAUGCUUUUCUAUACCAUAUUCCGGUUUUUUGAACAGCGAAACCAGCGCCUGCGAGGGAACCCCAGCUUCACUCCAGGAGAACACUGUGAAGAACAUGUUGCUUUUUUCAAGCAGGUGUUUGGAGAACAAGCUCUAAUGAGGCCCACAACCAUCUGAAAGCACUGGCUAGGUUUUUUUUUUUAAAUAUAUAUAUAUAAAAAAUUGUGUACAAAGUUAAUUUAUUGCAUUAAUAAAGCUCUUUAAACUA